AUGAUUCAGAGAAGGAUUUACCCUAAUUUGACGAGUUUGCGAAUCAUAGUUGAUGCAUUGUGCAAGGAAGAAUAUUUGCUUCACGAGAACGUUGUGUGGUCUCUGGUUCUGCAUGCGAAGGUUGCGUUUAGGGAUUUGGAUUCCGCGUGGGGAUUGUAUGGGGAGAUGGUGAGAAGAAGGUUUAAGUUGAACGCUUUUGUUUACAUGUCGUUUGUUGGAGCAUUUUGUAGAGAUGGGAGUGUUGGGGAGGCUAUUAGUUUGGUGCGUGAAAUGGAGGGGAAUGAGCUGAGGCCAUACAGUGAGACGUUUGAGCAUGUUGUUGUGGCAGAUUCGGAGGAGUGUGUGAGGGUUUUUGAUGAGAUAGUGAGGGUUGGGUUUGUGCCUGGUUGUGUGGUGUUUAAUAAGGUAGUGGAGAGGUUAUGUGAAAAGGGUGAAAUGGAGAAAGCGAAUGGAAUGUUGAGUGUGUUGAUGGAUAAAGGGUUUUCACCGGAUGAUGUUACUUAUUCUCUUUUAAUGCAGGGUUACGCUAGGAAGGAGGAGGUUCAGGAGGUUUUGAAGUUGUAUUAUGAAAUGGAGUACAAACGUGUGUAUCCUGGGUUGUCAGUUUUUGUGACGGUUGUUCAGUUUUUGUGUCGUUGUGGAAAGGUUGAAGAGGCUGAGAGAUAUUUGAGGGUGAUGAGAGAGCGGUUGGUGGCUCUGGAUGCUAGUGUGUAUGUGGAAUUGGCUUCUUUGCUAUAG